AUGCCUGGACGCAACGACAUCACGUACUUUGGCGCCGGCCCUGCCCUGCUGCCCACCGACGUCCUCGAGCGUGCGGCCGCCGCCCUCGUCGACUACAACGCCAGCGGCCUGGGUCUUGCCGAGAUCUCCCACCGCUCAGAGCCCGCUGCGGCCAUUGUACGCGACGCCCGCGCCGACCUCGCGACCUUCCUCGACGUGCCCACCGACGAGUAUGAGGUCAUCCUGCUGCAGGCCGGCGGCACGGGCGAGUUCUCCGCCACCGUCUACAACCUGGUCGGCGCCUGGGUCCUGCGCGAGCGCGCCAAGCUGGUGGCCCAGGGCCUGCCCGACGACGACACGAGCCCCGAGCUGCUGGCGGCCCUGCGCGCCAAGGUCGACAGCGAGCUGCGCCUCGACUACCUCGUGACCGGCAGCUGGUCCCUCAAGGCCUACCAGGAGGCCCAGCGCCUGCUCGGUGCCGACAAGGUCAACCUGGUCGCCGACGGCCGCAAGGAGACCGACACCCGCAGCGGCACGCCCAGCAAGUUCGCCGCCAUCCCCGACGAGGCCGCCUGGGUCGGCAAGCUGUCGCCCAACGCCGCCCUCGUCUACUACUGCGACAACGAGACCGUCGACGGCGUCGAGUUCCCCCGGUUCCCGCCCGCCCUCGCGCCCUCGGCCGGGCACACCACGGCGCCCGUCGUCGCCGACAUGUCCAGCAACAUCCUCUCGCGGCCCGUGCCCGUCCGCAACUACGGCGUCUUCUUCUUUGGCGCCCAGAAGAACCUGGGGUCCACGGGCAUCACCGUCGCCGUCGUCAAGAAGAGCCUGCUGCCGCAGCCCUCCGCCGACCUGCUGCGCGCCCUGCACCUGCCCAUUGGCCCCAUUGUGCUCUCCUACGAGACCAUUGCCAAGAACGACAGUCUCUACAACACUCUCAGUAUCUUUGAUGCCUACAUCGCCGGCCAGGUCCUCAAGAAGCUCCUCGCCGCUUUCCCCGACGACAAGGCCGCCGGCCAAGAAGCGGUCGCCGUCCGCAAGGCCAACCAAAUCUAUGCCGCCCUCGACGCCCACCCGGACGUCUACCGCAUCGCCCCUACCCCGGCUGUCCGCUCCCGCAUGAACAUUGUCUUCCGCGUGAUUGCCGGCGCCGACGGCGGUGACGCCGCCGAGAAGGCCUUCCUCAAAGAGGGCACUGCGCUCGGCCUGACGGGCCUCAAGGGCCACCGCAGCGUCGGCGGCAUCCGCGCGAGCAACUACAACACGAUCAGCGAGGCGGGUGCGGCGAAGCUGGCCGCGUUUAUUGACGACUUUGCCAAGAAGAACAAGGCUUAA